AUGGAGCGUUUAAUAGAAAGCGUCCGCAAAUACCCUUGUUUGUGGAAAACUGACUCUGAAGAAUACAAAUCAAAUGAUUUGAAAGAAGCAGCAUGGAGAGAGGUGACUAGGGAAUGCGAAUUGCCUGGCGUUAAAGAGGCUCGAUCUACAUGGAAAAAGCUAAGGGAUGGCCAUCGGCAAGCAAUUGGAAGGAAGAAAACGGUAACUGGGCAAGCAGCUUCUACAAAGACUCCUUGGAAAUAUGAAACCCAAAUGGAGUUCUUAUUGCCUAUCAUGAAAAAUCGUAAAAGAAGCACAGAUAUAGAUCCAGUACCACGUAGCAGCCAAGGUAACUCUCGAAAUUCUGAUGAAAUUGAAUCACAACAAAAUGCGGAAUCUCCCAAUCACGUAGUAGAGCUGCCAUACGGUGAACUCGUUCCUCCCAACAAAAAGACAACGUUAGUAUCAUUACUAGAAAAGGAGCAUAAAAGAAGAGAGGAGAGAUCAGUUGCAAGGACCGAAUUAAGAAACCAGAUACAAGGUGCCUCUACAAGUACCACUCAGAAUAGUGCCAUGGACACGUUUUUUAAGAGCAUGCAAUUAACAACUAAUGCACUACCUGAAAGACUGCAACUCAAGGUUCAAAGACAAAUAUUUAAUAUUGUCAUGGAGGCUAAAGAGGAACAUUUGACGACUUUAGCGUUAACUGCCAACUCACAGCCACUUCUCUUGCCGAUCAAUAAAUAUUCUCCACGUUCCGCUUCGUCGUCAUCCAACUAUUCCCAAAUAUCACCACCACAGCAAUUAAGCCCAACAUAAUAUACAUCGCC